GAGGGCGGAGGUGGCGCGCUCCCGAUUGGAAGAGCGUUGACCGAAGAGUCCAUCUCCCGCCGAAGUCGAUGCUUUCUCGGUUCAUCGUUUCCUUCUAUUUCACCUGUUCUCCUCCCCCUAAUCGCGAUGUUGGUGCCCCCCGCAACGGCGCCCACCACAAAUGACACCCUUCGUCACCUCUCCCUUUCCCUCCCCUCCGCCCCCUCUCGUCUCCGCGGCCGCCACCGCCGUCCCCGCCCUAACUUCACGGGAAUGCCAUUCUUGCUCGGAGGAUUUGGAUGCGUCUGCAUCAUCUUCUUUUCACUCACUGGCUCGAUUUACUUCGUUCUGAACCAACUACAACAACAGCCGGAGGACCGGCAGCUCCAUCCCGAUGAUGGUUCUCUUAAUCGGCCCGAUUCGCCGAGCAUCGUCAUCUUCGCCGCCCCGCGACGGUUCUCGACGGACAAGCCGGAUCUGGUGGGCGCGAGACAGGACAUGGCUGUUCGGUCGUGGCUGGCCCUGUCGCCGGACGUCUCCGUCGUCCUCUUCGGUCAGCACCCGUCCAUCUUCGCCUUAGCUCGCUCCCUUGGGCCGCGUGUUACCGUUGAGUCCGCCAUCGAUUUCACGUUCAUGGGGACCCCAUUUUUCCAUUCCAUGGUUUCCAGGUCACAGGCCUUUAAUUCUGGAAUUUCUGUUCUUAUUGACCCUGAGACCAUUCUCCUACCUGACUUCCUUGGUAUUCUGCAUUAUUCUCAGAAUCUAAAUCAUGGCUGGUUCCUUUUUGCCAAGCCCCAUUGUGUUUUGCACUUCCCUUUUCAAUUGUUGGGCACCGGGAAGCAUUGGUUACAAGAAGAUGGAGAAGUUAUAGAAGUUGAGAAGCUGCAGGAACAUCUGAUUCAGAAAGGGAAUUGGAGUACUUGCGGUGAGAGACUUCUUAUGGCAUGGAACAAUGGAGUUCGGCCUUUGCAUGCUGGGAUUGUUCCUCCUUUUGUAUAUGGGGAGGGACUUCACAAUGAAUGGCUUGUUAAUGAGGUGUUAGCCUCAGACUUGAGAUUUGCUUUUGAUUCCAGCUUGGUGCUGUCUAGUCUGUAUCCUCAAAGUUUGGGCCAAUGGUUUAGCAACUUCUCCAAGGAUGCUGGGAGUGCAGAUGAAUUGGUUUGGAGGCACAGAGGAAAUUACCAACUUUCUGCACUGUAUGGAUCAUUUUCAUUCCAACAAAGUAAAUUUUGCAAAAACCCCAGUAAGCUAGUAAGGUGCUUGGGGAAAUAUUAUUUAAUCAAUCGAGUAGAAGAUGAUGUUUCCUCCUUACAAGUAUCUGAUGGAAUUGCAACUUAUAGCACGGAUCCUCAUUUGUCAAGCAGAGAGCAGAAGUCACAUAUGUUCACAAUAUUUUCACGCUCACAGAGAGACAAGAAAUGGAAGGCCUGUGUGAAUAAUAUUGAUGCGUUGGAUUUGUCAUAUCAACCUAUAGUCAAGAAACUGAAUGAAGACAAUUCUGAAGUGUCUUCAGCUCUGUCUUUGCCAUUCUCAAUAGAAUUGCUCCUUCGAAUUAUUGCAGACAAGGAUAAGUCUAUUGUCCUUGCAAUAGCUGGAAACAAUUAUCGGGACAUGCUUAUGAAUUGGGUAUGCCGUUUGCGGCAUCUGGCAGUCAAAAAUUUUGUCAUAUGUGCUCUUGAUUCUGAAAUUUACCAUUUCUCGAUAUUGCAGGGACUACCAGUCUUCAAGAACCCACAGGCUCCAACCAAUAUCAGCUUCAAUGAUUGCCACUUUGGCACUGAGUGCUUUCGAAGAGUGACAAAAGUGAAAUCCAGAAUAGUUCUGCAGAUUUUAAAACUGGGAUAUAAUGUGCUAAUGAGUGAUGUUGAUGUCUAUUGGUUUAAUAAUCCAUUGCCAUUCCUUGUGUCAUUUGGUCCUGGUACACUGGUGGCACAGUCUGAUGAAUAUAAUGAGACAGGGCCUAUAAACUUGCCACGGCGUUUAAAUUCUGGUUUCUACUUUGCUCGCUCUGAGAUGUCAACAAUUGCUGCAUUUGAGAUGGUGGUGAAGCAUGCAUCUGCCUCAGAACUAUCUGAACAACCAAGUUUCUAUGAUGUUCUAUGUGGGGAAGGCGGUGUCAAUCGCAUGGGUGAUGAUAAGUGUCAAGAGCCCAAUACAAAUCUGACUGUGAUUUUCCUGGACAGGAACCUAUUUCCAAAUGGAGCUUACAGAGGCCUAUGGGAAAAACAUGAUGUUAGGUCUUCUUGUAUGAAGUUGGGAUGCUUAAUACUUCAUAACAAUUGGAUCAGUGGAAGGAAGAAAAAAUUAGAACGUCAAGUGUUCUCUGGCCUUUGGGACUAUGAUCCUAGCUUGAGAAUGUGCCUGCAGAAAUGGCAAAUCCCAAAUCAGCUAAUAUUUCUCGAUCACUAGUCUGAUAUAUAAAAAAAGAUCGUGAUUAUACUGCAGCAUGAAUUUUCUUUUCUGGUAAAUGAUCAUGCUGCAUCUAGUUAAACAAAAAUCGAGGUUCUUCUCAUGGCUUUACUUAAGGUUCAUUUGUACAAACUUUGCUGAGCUUUGCUGCUGUAUCUGGGUGAGAAUUGCUAGAUGAACUUGGAUAUUUUGCCAGCUUCAUCUUUGACUUCAGUGAUUCAUUUACCUGAAGCAUAUCAUCAAGAUUUCAUGGAGGACGAUCUAUGCUAUCUGCAUUUGAACUUUCACCAGUAAUAUUUUGUUUACACCGAACAGCGGAAACAGUCAUGAAGUACCGUGACAAUUACUGGCAGCAGGCUAUCUUUUUGCAUCUCUCUUAGUAAUUACUUCAUUAUCGAGGACAAAACUACUCCAACGCAGGGUUGCCCGUGUAGUAAGAAGGAAGAAAUUGCUAGAAAGCUGGACAUAACAAGAAGGUAGGAAAUUUGUUAACACUACCUAUUUUUUCACUGAUGAUAUGGAGCUUGUGCUGUUACAUCAAUAUCUUUAUAGACAGUAAUAAUCAGAUUGAUUGUGCCGGAGAAUACACUCAUUGCAUUUAUGAAUGCUGAUGAUAAUGAGUUGAUGUGCAAACCUAAGUAAUUACUGCAUCAUCUGCAUACAAAUCUUAACAUGCCAAUGAGUUGUACGAGGGACAGUAUUUUGUCAAUCAUUAAAUUUUUACAUGAAAUUGAUUUGUAUAAAACAUAGUAUUUGAAAAGGUUUUUGUGGAUGAUAAUU